CGAGCAUUCCAUCGUCCCUGUUUCGUUCUGCGGGCCUUGAAAGAGAACUGCUCUUGUCACUACAGUACCUGCAACGCUGGAAGCGCGAGACGAGUCGGGAAGGCUGCCUCUUUCACUACCGUAGUCACUUGUCGUGCUCCCUCGGUCGUCUCGUGCUCUUGAUCCUUCCCAAUCGCUGCGGGUCUCUGCUUUCCAGCGUACCUUGCUUCACAGUACAGUAAAAAAAGGCUUACAGACUUCACUGCACUGUGUCGCGAAAGGAUCACGAAUCAGCGGAAGGACCCGAGCAGGCGACGGCCUCAACGUAGCUGUGUCGAGCCCGAGGUCGUGUCGCUAAUCCGAGAUCCCGUUGCGAUCCGAGAUUCCGUUGCGAUCCGAGAUUCCGUUGCGAUCCGAGAUUCUGUUUGCUGAUACGUGAAUCCGCCUGAGAUCCGAUCGCACCAUCGUUCCGUGAACCUAUCGCCGAUCCGUGAUCCGAUCGCUGAUCCGAUCGCCAUGGCAGCGGAUUCUGGGCCAUCUUCAGGGCCCGUAAUCCGAGUGGGAGUGCUGGCGCUGCAAGGCUCCUUCAGAGAGCACAUCGCAGCUCUGCGCAGGUGCGUGCUGGAUAUCAAAGCAGCGUCGUUCGAGGCAAUCGAGGUGCGCACGGACAGCGAGCUGCGGUCUGUGCAGGCGCUUAUUAUCCCCGGUGGCGAGAGCACCACCAUGGCGAAUCUCGCGCAGCGAUGCGGACUGCUCGGCGCGCUUCAGGACUUCGCAGCCUCGGGCCGGCCCGUGUGGGGAACGUGUGCCGGGCUCAUCUUCCUUGCAAACAAGGCGCUAGGUCAGAAGUCGGGCGGGCAGGCGCUGCUGGGAGGGCUGGACUGCACGGUGCACCGCAACUUCUUUGGCAGCCAGAUCAACAGCUUCGAGACUCUCCUGCCCUUCCCCCACCACACUCUGCAUUCCACCACCACCACAUCAUCAGUAUCAGCAGCAGCAGCAGCAGCAGCACCGCCCACACCUCCCCAAGCAGACCCAUCCCUCCCCCACUCCUCUCCUGAUUCUUCCUCGCCCUCCCCCGACGCCUCUCCAUUCCGCGCCGUGUUCAUCCGAGCGCCCGCCAUCAUCCAAACCGGCCCUGCUGUGGAAGUGCUUGCAGAGUACCCCCUCCCCAAUCGUGCCUCUGCUCUCGCCACACCUGCUGGCACGGCAGCACAUGCAGGCGCUGGUUCGGCCGAGCCUGCAGCCACCGCUUCGGCAGUGCCUGGCCAGAGUGCUCAAGAGCUCUCCGAGGCUGAGAUCCUAGAUAAGCUUGACCGAGUGGCAGUGGCAGUGCGGCAGGGCAAGCUACUGGCUACAGCAUUCCACCCAGAGCUGACUGCCGACCUCAGAUGGCAUCGGCUGUUCCUCCAGAUGGUACUAGACGCCCUCCAGUCUUCCCCGGACCUGGCUGCCGAACCUGCAUCUCUAACCGCCCCCCCCGGUUCGGCAGCCAAGCUGGCUGCAAGCAGCGUGCCCAAUGUAGACCCUGGUGACCUGCCAGUGUUUGGUUCGACAUUGAACCUCGAGAUUGAGCUCAAGCCCAUGCCUCAGUAGGUUCGGCAACAGUCUGGGCAAGCUGGAACUCAUGUCUACCUAGAACUCAAUGUCAGAAAGACCACCUCUUUAUUAGGCCCUAGGCCUUUAUUAGCGCACCCUACAAGAAAGUAUCUUAACGUCA